UCAUUUAAUUAAAAAGAUUAUUUAACAAAAAGUCCCUUAUCUCACAGAUGUAAAUUAUUUCCUUUUCUAUUUCAUAUAAUUUUUUUUUUUAAAUUAUAAGAAAUCCUUUAAUUAUUUUUUGAAAUUGCGCGAAGCACGAUUACAUUCCCUUAGUUAAAAAAAAAAGUCGGCGACUACUGGUGAGAUAUUUAUUUUAGGGUUUUUUUUAGAGUGGGAUACGAUUUCGCUUCUCCUCUUCUUCACUGAAGCAACAGCUGCGAAGGAGGGUGUCCACUCUUUUGUGCAUACAGAAUGCCUCGGUAUUACUGCGACUACUGUGAUACUUACUUGACGCAUGAUUCUCCUUCUGUAAGAAAGCAGCAUAACGCAGGGUACAAACACAAGGGAAAUGUUCGAACUUAUUAUCAACAAUUUGAGGCACAACUGAAUCAAAGUCUAAUCGACCAAAAAGUCAAGGAACAUCUAGGGGCGUUUAGACCAGUUGGUCUUCCUUUUCCCCAGCUAAGGCCUGGUAUGCCUGGUCUUCCACCUCCGCAGAUGCAGAUGCCAGGCAACCCUCAAAUGCCAGCUGGUGCCCAGUGGGUCCCUGGUAUGCGUCCUCCGGUGCUGCCAAGGCCCAUGCCUGGUCUUCCAGGUUAUGCACCUCCAUCGAUGCCUCAGAUGUUGGCACCUCCCGGUGCUCCUAUGCCCGGUGGUCAAGUCAAUAAUAUGCAAAGGCCUGUCGGUCCACCAAGUGCAGUUCCAGGAAGUAUGGGAAUGCCUACUUCAGGUAGUAUGGGAAUGCCUACUUCUACCGGUGGCCCUCCAAUGUUUGCACCACCUCCCGUGUAUCAAGGAAGUACCACUGUCUCAACGAGUGGAGGAGGUGAUAGUUCCAGUAUCAACGGUCAAGCUGCUGCAGACCCUAAUCAAUAGACUGGUCUCUAUGUACAUAAAAUCCAGAUGCUACUAUCGCGAAGCUAUUCUUAAAUCUGGUUUCGACAUGUUUUAUUUACCAUGUUGUGAUGUUAAAGUGCUAGAGAUCCAUUAUAUAUGGUCACAUGUUUUAGUUUUUGGAAAGAAACUGGUCAGGGAAGAGAGACAAAAUCAUUUUUUUCUCAGGAGAGGUUUUGGCUAGCAAAAGUAUUUGUACCUUUUAUACCUUUUAAAUGCCCAUAUGGUAUUAGUUAGUUAAGUGAAACUUUUUUUCAGUUAA